AUGAAUUCAGAACCACUGCCACCUGGCCCUCCACAGAUACGUGGAGACGCGCGGCAGCAGCCCCCGCUUAGGAUGUCAGCCUCCGUGCAAUCUGGAGCAAACGCCUUGGUCGCGCUUGUCGAGUGCGAGAAGGCCAAGGUUCGCGAUGCGCUUCAGAAGGAACAUGCCGAGCGCGAGGCUGAGUUUGGACGCGCUCAAGAGAUCGCUACCAAAGCUCUCACAGAGGCUCUCGUACGUGCGCAUUCCGCAGAGACUGGCGUGAAGGCCGCGGAAGCCCGGGCUCACGCCGCAGAGACUGAGCUUGCGCAGGCGUGGGCGCGUGCGGGCCCGGCAGACGUCGAGCGCACCAAAGCCCAAGCGGACGCGCUCCGCACCACGGAGAACGAGCUUAUCCAAGCCCGUCUAGACACACUUCGAUUGACGGAGGAUGUGACGAAGUUAAGGCACAUUGUCCAGGACCAUCUGGACGAGCUUGAGGUCUACAAGGCGCGUUGCACCAAGCUGGAGAUGGAACAUGCAGAAUCUGUCGCAACGAAGGACUCUGAGAUUGGGAGUCUCACCAACCAGCUUUUGUGGCUGGAUGCAGAACUACGUGACCUCAAAGCACGUACCGCGCAUAUCGACCUGGCGGCUGGUCACGAUACUAACUCAUUUUCAGUGGCAAAUGAGAGCGGGCUUACCGCAGAUAUGAGUAACUCGGCUGCUAUCCCAGACGAGUGCAACUCGUACGAGGAAAUAUUCUCACAGUUUGUGCAUGACAGUUCUCCUGGAUUUGAAUCCCCUGUGAACACCUUUUCCACACUCGCCGUUGUUGUGGAUAACACAAAUUCCUCUUCCCAUGUUGACCGCAGUCGAGGUCCUGCUCUGAGUCCAAAAUCUGUUGCCGAUGUGCUGCAUCCUACUGCAAGCAAGAGGCAGCUGAGGAUCCGUCCACAGGAGACAACGCGAAAGAAAAGAGUCACUCGACCCCGCGUGUCCCCUCCAACAGAGGAGGAACGUAACCGCAUCCUUUAUUUGACCAAUGAUGCACAAUUUUGA